UGAUUAUAAAUCAAGAAGAAAGUGCAAAUUGAAUGACAUAACCAUCCUGGUGCUUUGGUAUUGACCAGAAGGAAAUUGUGAUAGUGUUUCUAGAAAAUAAUUGAAAAUUUCAUCGGGCUGCUGAUUGACAGUGGACAAGUGAAAGGAAAACCGAAAAUAAAACAACAGAAACAAUGGAGGAAAGCAACGAUGUGGUGCUGUACAUUUACGAUUUGACCCAAGGCAUGGCUGCUAUGAUGUCUCAGAUGCUGCUAGGUCGCCACAUCGACGGUAUUUGGCACACGGCUGUGGUCGUCUUCGGCCGGGAGUACUUUUACGGAUCGCACGGCAUUACGAGCUGUUCACCGGGUACUACAGUGCUCCAUGAACCGUUCCGAAAGGAAGUGAUCGGUCAGACGUUUAUCCCGCAAACCUUGCUCACGGAUUACCUUCGUGACUUGGCGGAAAGUACCUUCAGGGGCAGCAAUUACAGCCUUCUGAGUCACAACUGCAACACCUUCAGUGAAGACCUGUGCCAGUUUCUGUGCGGCAUCGGCAUACCAAAGUACAUCCUAGACCUACCGACGGAAUUUCUAUCCACUCCGUUGGGUCAAACUCUAGCCCCGUUGAUUGCCAGUCUCGAUUCGGGUGGUGAUCCGACGGCCAACUUCCAACACGAGUCGGAUUUCCUUAGGUCGGGGCGCGAAAGCAGUCCAGGAUUCGAUCAGCUGAACAACCAAAUCGAACAGGCCCGGCAGCAGUCGCUGGAGUUGAACGAACGGCGGAACAAGAUCCGUGACAAGAUCGACAAGAAGAGCAAAAAGAAGGAGAAGAAGUCCAAAAAGGAUCGCAGCUCGGGUGACAGUGAUCAGAACUCUACCGGGAUGUCUGAGGGUGAAGCGGAAUCGAUGAACGGCGUCAACGGUGUCAAUGGAUCCAUUCCACCGGAGAUGCUGCCUUCGGAGAAGGUCCUGAAGGAAGAGGAAGCCGAACGGUUGGCGGAGGAGGAGCGGAAGAAGAACCGUGAGCCACCAAUUAUCUUCAAAGAAGUAGAUCCAAAAGUUGAAUUGGAAUGUUUGGUCAAUCUGGUCGAUGGAAAGCUCUCUGAAGAGGAGCAAGUGGCAGUAGACGAGCUUCAUCAGUAUCUCCUGCUGGGAGAAGGCGCGUGGGCGUUGGGUGAUGGCUUCCUGGUAUUCGUCGGACGCAUGUUCCGUGAUAGUUCGCUGUCGACCGAAGUUCGAGUCCACUUGCUUCGUGCCAUGGCCAACGCUGCCCUGAAGGACGACAUCAUUCUACUGCUGCACCAGGACAGACGGGAACACGUGCUGAUGAACUUUGCCCAGGACAUUGACAAACACACUCCAGAGGAGCAACAGGCGAUGGCUCUUUUUAUGUGCAAUCUUUUUGAAAACGACAACGCUUCCGAAUGGCUGCUGUACAUCUCCGAGUGGCAGUACAAUAACCAAUCGAUAUCGAACAUCCGCGCCACUACCAAGGUCGCCGUACACUGUCUGCUGUCGGCCUGUCCCCGACUGAAGGACAUCGGCACCGCGCUGGUCCACAAUCUAGCAUGUAAGGAAGUCAAAACUGUGGUCUUCGACGACGUGGCGGUGGAGAUCUCGAUGGCACUGUUGCAGUUCUUCAACUCGGAACCAUCGGAGGAGCACCUCUUCCGGACGAUGAAAGCCCUGGCCAAGUUUGUCAAUGUCUCACCAGAUGUCCCGCAGUUUAUCCAGAUGAUUGGACCACACCCGAAGACCCUGCGGGGCAAAAGCGAUCGAAUCAACGAACUGAUUGAUCAAAUUUCCAAAAAAGUCCGUUAACUCCCGUCACGUUUCGUUAUGUAGUUAGUUGAAAAUUUAAUUGUAGAGUCACAUACAAAACACACACAAACAUACACACCUAAAUAUAGACAUAGUACGGAAAUUUGAGACAAGAACUAUUACCCUAUCGUUUCGUCCAUCUUCCUAAGGAACUGUGGAGCAUUAUUGCAUUUUCGCCAUUUGCUAGAAUAUAGCAUACGAACCAAAACCUUCUAAAUCAAGUCGGAAAACACACACACACAGCCUUUCCGUUAUCACCUAGUGCAAUAACUAUAACCAUUUCUAUUUCUCUUUUAAGAAAGUUACGAAUAUUGUAGGAAAGCAGUGUUGUUUUCUAUGCGACAAGUGGAUGUUUUUGGUUGAAAC